CCCGAUUGAGCUUAUUGAGCAGUGUGCCAAAGAGGUGUACCUCGUCUCCCUUUUCCAUCUUUCUUUUCCCCUCAGUCCACAGCAGCCUGAAAAACACACCUCAUCACCAUGGAUGCCGAUAACGAUACCGUAUUCCUCAUCGACAUCCCCGCAUGUGAAUUAUUCACCUCGCCCUUCGUAUUGCAAUCCGGGCCUUGGAUCUGUUCCAUAUCCAUAUCAUCCCUGGGCGCCGGAUACGGCCCGGACCUCGCAGUCCAGAUCUCGCACCAGCCCAUCGCAGCCUAUCCCCAUUACGAACGCACCAUUCCCACUCGACUCUGCAUCUUUGCACCCUGUACUGAGGGUUCUGACUCUCUUGUCCUAGAAACGCCUAUUCGAGAUCCACAGUCGCUGCUUCAUGGCAUACAAGUCGAAAUAGAUCCAUGCAUGGUCAGGUCGUUCAAUCGGUACAUCUUCCGCGCUAUCCUCGUUAACGACAAUGAACGCUCACACCAACACCAACACCAACACCACGCUUCUCCGUGCGGACAUUUUUGGACUCCUUGCGUCGCUUCCUGCCUUGCUUCGAGUCAUGUCUCUCUGGAAGCCCAACAUCGGUUAGUUGAAUUUCUCGAAAGGGCGACCAACUCCGAUAUCCGUCUCUCGUUCUGCGCUCGAAAGGUGCCCUCAUUCCCUCAGCGACAGGCACUCAAGAAUCUCCCCAAUUGCGAGACCUCGGAUAACCUUGCUCUAUAUGCACACUCAUGUAUCCUCAAGGCUGCUGGAACCCAGCCCAUGGAGCGCCUUUUGAACACAUAUUCGCCAGACUACCCUUUUUUCGGAUGCACCGGUCGAUCGAACGACCAUCAGCAUAACCUUCGUUCAAGUCCGAUACGUGAAAUCCGUUUCGAGGAUUCGCCGCCAGCAGCUGUCGAGGCUGUACUUUCCUACAUUUAUUUUGGACAAUGCCCAGUAUUAGAACCGAUGUGUGGAUACACGGUCAAGGAUUUGAUGGAGUUGGCGACAUACCUCGAGGUCGAGUGCCUGCAGAAUUAUUGUGUGGAUUUGGUUCUGGGUAGGGCCUGCGGAAUGAAAGCAACGGGAACGACAGCAGUGAGGACACGGCUCUCUCAUGGAGCAGAGGACCGUUACGACCAUAAUAGGAUCAUAUUUUCACGCGCCAAUCUCAACAAGGCUGGAUUUCACCCAUAUGGCCCCCCUGGCGGAACACAUCAACAAAAUAGACAAUACGCAUCAGAGCGAGCAUCGCCGUGCUUGGGCCCGCGACCGAUGAAGAGCAGGUUAACAAAGAGACGACAUACUGGACGCGGUGGUCUGAUCGCCCCCGAGAGCGCUGUCCAGGUGCUGUUUGGGUGGGGGUACAGAUUCCCGAAGCUACGGAGGGAGCUCGUGCGGACGUUGAUCGACGUCGGAUACGAUGGGUCGGUCUUUGUUGCGGAUGCAGCUAUGAAUAUGCUGCAACGGUUUCGGGGCCACGCUGCAUUCGAUGGCGUUGCGUAUGAGCUGGUUGCGGAGCAACUGAAGGCUCAAGGUUGA